UCUAGUAAACUGGGCUCCACCAAGAUUGUCAAGAGAUCUUCCAUCAAGCUGUCAAACAGCCAGACAGACCCCGCCCCUGGCACAAGCCCCGCCCCCCUCAGACAGGUGACAGGUACAGGGGGCGCUGGUCCAGAUCCGAUGUCCCGGGAGGCUGAAGGCCAGCAGGGGGCGGAGCCCCUUCCUGUGGUGGAGAAGUUCAGCAACGUCGGACGAAACAGUCUGGACGUCUUCUCUCCUGCUCGGGAAGACUCUCGGUCCCAGGGGACGACCGGAGACACUCCGUUUGGGAGGACACACGCUACCAGUUUGGAGAUGCUGCCCAGAGAAGGGGAGGGUCAGCAGGUCAUCGGUCGGGCCAGUCUGGACAUCUUCUCCCCAGUCAGAGAAGAUGUGACCUCCCACCGUAAGACCCCCCUAGGAACGCCACUGAUAGGCGCUGCAGCCCGCUGCUACAGCCCGCUGUCUGUCUACCAGACCCCGCCCCCAAUCAGAGAGGAGGAGCCAAUCACUGCUGCUGCAGCCGAACCAUGUGACUCCAGAAAGUCUGACAAGACCAGCAACUCCAGCCUGGAGGGGGAGGGUCCGGCCACGCCCACAGCACCUCAGCUGACCAAUCACAUCCAGCCGGCCCCGCCCUUCUUCACUCCAGAGCCUGGCCUCAGGAGAGCCAAUGGGAUUCAAACUCAGCUGAGCUACGAGUCUCCUGUCCAGGGAGCUUCAGCCAGCACCACUGCAGGUCCAGCUCUGUCGACAGCUGUGUCCUCGUCUCUCUCCCAGAAAAUCACUGAAGUGGUGGGUCAGGCGGGAGCUGCUCCUCUUACGUCCCUGCAGAUCCACUUCAUCCAGAACAUGAUCCACGAGACUCUGGAGGACUUCAGGGACACCUGUCACAGAGACGUCGUCAACCUGCAGGUCGAGAUGGUCCGACAGUUUUACAUCCAGCUGAACGAGAUCCACGGUCUGAUCGAGAAAUACUCUGUGAACGAGUCUCUGGUGGAGGAAGUGGAGCGGCUGAAGGAGGAGAACCGCCGGCUCAAGACCAACUACUGAGCCUCCGAUCCAGACUGUGUCCAGGAUUUAUUUAAGAGUCUUCAUUCAGAACUAAGAGGAGAACAGCGACUCUCUUCAGACCUGUGAGUGGAGCUGAAGAACCAACAGACGUCCAGAUGUUCAUAUGUCCGUCAGACAUUAACACAUCUUUUGGUAUUUGUCACUUUAUUUGACCCUCCAGCCUGAAGACGCAUCAGUUCUCUCCAUCUCGAUCAUGUUUUUAAUAAGAAACAUUUUGUCUAAAGAAUAAAUAAAAAGAUGAAUAUUGAAAAUAAAACCAGAACUCCUUUUUGUGUCACUUUAAAUGAUGAAAGCAGACGUUAACCAGAUCAUUACAUCAUGUGAUAUACUGAAGGUUAUUCUCACGUUUAUCUCCACGUUUGUCUGUUCAUUUACAAACGUUUCCUUCAUUGAUUUCAUUCAAUUUAACAAAUAAUAUGAUAUAGUUACUAUAUUAAUCCACAUAAUCCUGACCUGUGU